AUGUUCGACUCGCUCUCCCAGUCGCUCAAGAUGAGCUUGAUGACUGCCCUUGUGGUAGCUGUCUGUAUUGUUGAUUCAGUCACGAUCGCCUAUGAUGGCUCCCUUAUGGGGAGUAUCAACGUUCUCGAGAGCUAUUCGAACUAUUUCCACCUGAACACAGCAACUAUAGCUGUGAACAGCACGGCAACAUAUCUCGGUGCCAUUCUUAUUGCUCCUUUUGCUGGCUACUAUGUUGAUAAGCGUGGUCGUAAGGAGGGUAUCGUUAUUAGUGCCCUCCUGAACAUUCUUGGCGCAGCUAUUAGCGGAGCCGCUCAGAACGUAGCUAUGUUCAUUGCCGGCCGCAUGAUUAUCGGUUUAGGUACUGGACUUGCACAGACUGCUGCAAGCAGCUACGUCUCGGAAACAACCGCUCCCAAGGUCCGAGCUUUUGCCCUGGGAAUGUAUUUCACUUGCUGGGCGCUUGGAAGCUUCUUAGCUGCCGGGAUCUGUUACGGUGCCGCGGAUCUUGAUCCUUCCAACUGGGCUUGGCGAAUUCCUUCUCUGCUUCAAGGCUUUGCUCCCUUAUGCGUUCUGGGUCUGAUUCCCUUCCUCCCAGAGUCACCACGUUGGCUCAUCUACAACGAUCGCCAAGAGGAGGCGCUCGAUAUUAUUGCCCGUCUUAAUGGCUCCACUCCCCAAGACCCUCAAGUGCAGGUACAAUAUCAAGAGAUCAUUGACACCCUCGAAUAUGAAAAGAGCGAAGGCAAGAGCCUUGGAUUCCGUGAGAUCAUCCGUGAUGCUCCAAACAGAAAGCGAAUGGCCCUGGCGUUAUCAGUGGCGCCAUUGACGAUGUUGACAGGCAGUAAUGUCAUCACCUACUACUACGGAACGAUGCUCAGCCAAGCAGGCAUUACGUCUUCUCACACACAGAUGGAAAUCAAUUUUGUUCUCAGUGGAUGGCAAUUUAUAGUCGCAGUCUCGGGCUCUCUCCUGGCCGAGAAACUUGGACGCAGAUUGCUCUGUCUCACCUCGCUUUGCACCUGCACGGCCCUGUUCUACGUUGUAGGCGGAAUGACAGCAACUUACGGUACAUCGUCCAAUUCUUCCGGAGUCUAUGGAACGGUCGCAGUCAUCUUCCUUUACCUCGGCGCCUACUCAUUCGGAUUGACUCCCUUGACAAAUAUGUAUCCUCCAGAGGUGUUGAGCUAUAAUAUAAGAGCAACGGGAAUGGCCAUGUUCACUCUCACGGCGAAGGCUUGCGGAGUGUUCGUUACCAUGGUGUUCCCGUACCUCUUUGAGGCGAUCGGUUGGAAAACCUACAUGGUCAACGCCAGCUGGAAUUUCUUGUUCAUUAUCUAUGUCUUCUUCUUCUGGGUUGAGACCAAGGGCAAGACUCUUGAAGAGAUUGAUGUACUGUUUGACGGCAUUAAGCACUCGGAUGUACCUGACCUGAAGGACGUCAAAGAUAAGUCAGAUCUGGCUCCCACCUUCUCAGAGGUUUAA